AUGGCGACCAUAACUCCCGAGGAGAAGCCGUCUACGGACUACCGGAUCGAGGACAUCGCCGGCGAGAAAUCCACCAGCGAGAUCGAUGCCGAGGAGGAAUUCACGCCGCAGGAGCAGAAGAGCAUUAUUCGACGCAUCGAUCUGCGUCUGGUGUCCAUGACCGGAUUGGCUUAUUGCGUCUCCCUCAUGGACCGGACAAAUCUGAGCAUGGCUGCCGUUGCAGGUCUGAAGGAAGAAUUGCGACUUGAUCUUGGCCAACGCUACUCCAUUGUGGUUUUGAUGUUCUUCGUGCCCUAUAUCCUCUUCCAGCCGCCAAUGACAGUCGUCAUCCGGAAGCUUGGCCCUACUCUCUUCCUCUCGUCGAUUAUUGUCAGCUGGGCAGUUAUCAUGAUUGGAAUGGGAUUCGUCAAGGAUUGGGGACAAUUGACCCUCAUGCGUGUUCUUCUUGGGAUCUUGGAAGCGGGUUACUUCCCCGGAUGUGUUUACCUGCUGUCUUGCUGGUACACCCGAUAUGAUGUCCAGAAGCGCUUCUCCGUUUUCUACCUCAUUGGAUGUGUUGCAUCUGCGCUAGCAGGUAUCCUUGCGUUUGGUCUGAUGCAAUUGAACGGAAGAGAGGGAUUGACAGGCUGGAGAUGGAUUUUCAUCCUUGAAGGAGUGAUUACUGGAGUCAUCGGCCUGCUCUGCUUCGUUUUGCUCGUCGACUUCCCCGAUAAGGCACACAAGUCCUGGCGCUUCCUGAACGAAAGAGAAUGCGCGUGGCUCAUCCGCCGCAUCAAUGCCGACCGAAAUGAUGGCGCCGCCGAGCCCUUCGCCCUCAAGAAGUUCCUCAGACCUGCGCUUGAUCUCAAGAUUUGGGGCUUCGCCAUGAUCUUCUUCUCCCUCACAACCGUUACUUAUGCCAUCGCGUAUUUCCUGCCCAUCAUCCUCCGCCACGGCAUGGGCUACGGUGUCGGUGAAUCGCAAUGUCUCACCGCGCCACCCUUCGGCUUCGCAGGCAUCGUCAUGUACGGCACCGCCUGGGUAGCCGAUAAGUAUCGCAUGCGCGCACCGAUCCUGAUUUUCAACGCCCUGCUCGCCAUCAUCGGUCUGCCAAUGAUGGGUUUCGCCACGAAUUCCGCCGUCCGUUAUGUGGGCGUCUUCCUCACCGUUGCCGGUGCCAACGCUAAUAUCCCAGCCUGCAUGGCGUACCAAGCGAACAAUGUCCGUGGCCAAUGGACGCGUGCCUUCUCCAGCGCUACACUCGUUGGCUUCGGUGGUAUCGGUGGUAUCGCUAGUAGCUUGGUGUUCCGCGAACAGGACGCGCCUGGGUACGAACCGGGCAUGUAUGCCGCUAUCGCGUGCAACAUCCUUAUCAUUGUGCUGGUGUGCUGCAUGAGUCUGUGGUUCCGACACUGCAACAAGCAGGCCGAUCGGGGAGAGCGGGUCAUUGAGAACGAUGCGUCCUUCCGAUACACCAUCUAA